GGAGGCGGCGUGGGCAAGAGCGCCCUGACCAUCCAGUUCAUCCAGUCAUACUUUGUCUCUGACUAUGACCCCACAAUUGAGGAUUCAUACACAAAAAUCUGCAACAUCGAUGGCACUCAAACCCGGCUAGACAUUUUGGAUACUGCAGGACAGGAAGAAUUUGGGGCCAUGCGAGAACAAUAUAUGCGCACAGGGGAAGGCUUUCUUCUCAUCUAUGCCAUCAAUGAUCGUGGCAGUUUUAAUGAAAUCAGCAAGUUCCACACGCAGAUACUUCGGGUGAAAGACCGGGAUGAGUUUCCCAUGAUCCUCGUGGGGAAUAAGGCUGACUUGGAUCCCUAUCGGCAGGUGCCCAAAGAGGAGGCCAUCAGCUUUGCCCGGGAGAAUCGAAUCCCCUACAUGGAAGCUUCAGCCAAAAUCCGCCUCAACGUGGACGAGUCUUUUUAUGAGCUGGUUCGAGCCAUCAGGAAGUUUCAUGAACUUGAGUGUCCCCCAGCCCCAGCUGUCAGCCCGAAGAAGAAAGAAACCAGGGGCUGCCCUUGUUCUAUUUUGUAGCCCACCCUCUCACCCCAAGCCACACGUUCUGGAAGAGGAAGAACAGCUGUCCUGGUUCUCUUGAACCUGCAUUUCUCCCUUGCUCAAAACCAGCCUACCCACCCCCCACUACAACAAGGGUUGUCUGUGUGUGUUCCGUGGUUGUUUCUAAAAUACUUCAUAUCUCCAGUUUUGCAGAGAACUCUGCAUACUGGAAAGGAGCAAGAGGCAGACAAGUUGUAAACCACCCCCACCCCCAGACCCUUUAACCUACCAAGGAAAGAGAUUCCACAGGCUUAAAAGAAGAUGCGGGAAAGGGGAUCGCAAACCAGCAAAUCCUACCUCGUCACCUUCAACUGCUAAAUGCUGCCAUGUUCCUCUGGAAGAAGCGUCCCCUCCCUGCUGAGGGAUAGAAGGCAGGAUCAUUUUCAGAUAUGUGAGCAGCUGGGUGUAAAUUUGGCAGAGAGGGACAAGUAUAGGGCACUGGGCAGUUGGUUAGCCUGCGUUCAAACCGCUAAACCCAGUGAUCUUCUGCACAGAACAGGCCUUGAAAAUAUGUAGAAGACGGAAAGAAUUGUACUCAAACACAUUUGACAACAAUAUGUAUGCUCAGCUGUUCUCCACCAUGGAGAAAGGGGGAACGGUAGCUGGUGCACGGUUACGACUCCUUCCCCCUUCUACAGCUGGUGUCGUACCCUUUUUCUGGAAAAGGGGAGGAGCUGGAGUUACACCCCUUUUUGUGGAGAAGAUGGAGCUAGCAUCUCCAUCCCCCCCCCCCUCUGCAGACCAAUCGAGUGUGAGUGCAUCACAGCAGAUAGGUGGACUGAAAAACAAGCCUCUCCUUUCUUUUGGGCAGAGGACCUAACCAGAAAAGGAAUAGCUGAAAUCAAAGGAUCACCUUCUGCCCCCACCCCUAUAUCAGGGACAAAUUGAGCUAAAAACCGCCAUCCCUCCCAGUGGCUGAGAAGCAGCCUUGACCAGAUGCAGUGAACUUUUUUAAACACCGUUUUUAAUUAUUAGAAACGAAAUUGCAUUGCCAGGUAGAUUGAAAAUACACUGCUCUGCCCUUCCCAAGCACAGUAAGAUUUGCCUUUGUGUCAUUAAAGACACUUGCAGCCUUUUUAAUUCAUCCUUUACAGCUUCCGUUCUGCAACAUACUUUACUGUCACAGCCCAUUCGUAAUCUGCCGGUUUUCUUAGACAUCCUUCCAUGGCAGCUGAAUUUUAUCACUUACCCUGUGACUUCUGGCAAUGGUCCUCACAGGUACAGUUAUGUUUCAUUUCCAACGGGGGGUCUUACAGGCAUGUUGAUCAAGUGAACCUUAUCAGGACCGUCGUUUCCCAAAACCUCUGUAACGCUUGCCAGUUUCACCACCGUGGAGGAAGUCUCCUUUGGCCUGCCUUACCCACCUGAGAACAUGCAGAUUCCGUAAUCGCCUCUUACCUCGUGAAGCAAGAGGAUGCAUUCAGUCCUGGUCAGAUGCAAGACGCACUUUUUCAGCAGUUGCAACACGAGGUGUGCAUGUAUAAAAAUUCUCUUCUGUUUAUUCCCCACCGCACCCCAGCCACACUGUAUAACCUUGCCGAGCAUUCCAGCUUGAAAAUGCCAAAAAGUUACCACUUGUCCAAAAAAAGCGCAAAAGUUCUUGCAGCACUUUAAAAACUUAACUGGUUUAGCUUUCAUGGACUACAGCCCACUUAAUCAGUGGCAUAAAGUAUUCUUUGCAAAUGGCAGAUAUGUUAUAUGAAUAUAAAUAUAUAUAUAUAUAUACACACACACGUGCACACACACAGGUACGGAGAACUUUUAUAAACUGUGGCCUAAAGGCCAUGAAAUGCAAAGGUAGUCAUAGGUGUGUGGAGUUGUCACUUAGCCAAAAACUAUUUUAACAGAAUAAAAAAAAUAUUC